AUGGACGGUGACAUCGUUAAACACGUAACAGGUUGCGAGGGAUGCAGACUGAUCGGCCUGCCGAGUAAGCCCGAACCGAUGUGCCGCAGGGGAGCUUCCGACGAAACCAUGGGUGGACGUCGCAAUCGACUUCCUGGCCGGUAUAAGGAGAUCGAGGUAAUGAAGCACAUAACCGCUGAGGAAACUACGAAACGGCUGCACAGGAUAUUCACUCGUCUGGGUUUUCCGGUCACUAUCACUCUGGACAAUGGCAGACAAUUUGUGAGCACACAUUUCGAUCAUUACUGCAAGCAACAUGGAAUAUCACUGAACUACUCAACUCCUUACUGGCCACAAGAGAACGGCCUCGUCGAGCGCCAGAAUCGAUCCCUGAUCAAGCGACUGCAGAUCAGCCACGCUUUGGGACGCGACUGGAAAGAGGAUUUGGCGGGCUAUUUGUUGAUGUACUACACGACUCCACACUCAACAACGGGAAGACGCCGACUGAGCUGUGCUACGGCAGAACCAUCAGAUCGAAAAUUCCCAGCUUGA